AUGAAUUUCCUGGUUAAAGUUUUCCUUGUAAUUCUUCUGGUCAUCAUUGCAGUUUGUGUAUAUGCUGAUGAAUUAGACGUGAAAGUGAACAAACAAUGCCAGACUUUGCAAUGUAAUUCAACAACAGAAUUUUGUUAUGUCAAUCCAGAUUGUAAACAAGAUGAUAUAUUAAAAUGCGUUUAUUGUCUUUUGAAAACGAAUGUCACAUUUUCGCAACAAUCGUCGAGAAAAUCGAAUGAUUCUAAGCUUGUAAUCGAUAACGAUGGUUCCGUACCGAAUGCGACGUAUGAUGAUGCUUCGUACGAUGAAUAUUAUGAAUAUGACGAUGAUGAAACAUCAGAUAAGAAUAGUCCGAGCGUGGAUGAUGACGACGAUAAUGAAUAUCUGGAUGACUAUGUUGAAUCAUUAGAUGAUAUGAUCGAUCGUACACCUCCACUUCGUAAAUUAGGCACAUGUCCGAAAGUUGUCGAAGCCAUUGGUAAAUGUGAUACAGAAAAACUAAUUCCACCCGAAUGCCGAUUCGACACGGACUGUCCGGGCGAUUUCAAAUGCUGUGAAGCAGCUUGUGGACGACGUGUUUGCAGCAUACCUAUGAAACCUACGACAUCGGUAUGUCCAACAUCGUUUGAAUGUUCGCUAAAUUGCCGUUUGGGAUACCGAACGGAUUCCCAUGGUUGUCUGCUAUGUGAAUGUCAAUCAUGUCCAACAAUGGAUCAGUGUAAUAAAAACUGUCCAGCUGGUUAUCUCAAAGAUCUUUUCGGUUGUGACACAUGUGAAUGUAGUGAUCGAUGUCCGCCAUUCACUUGCGAUAUUAUUUGUCCACCAAAUGUUGAUUACGUUCAAUCAGACAAUGGCUGUCCGUUCUGUCAAUGUGCCAUAGCCAAAUCGAAUUUCACAUCAUCAUCAUCAUCAUGUGAAGAGGAUGUUCAUUGUCCACCCGGUUUCCGAUGUUUAAACGAUGCACGCAAUGUGCCUAUGUGUCAAGCAGACAAUUACCGAGUCAUGCUGUAUGUUUGUAUAGCACUGCAAGUGAAAGAAAAAGAAAACCUAUACAUUAUUCCGUCAAGCGAAAAGAAAAAGUACAUUGCAGUAUUAGUACUCAACAAAAAGAAAAAGUCGAUAGAAUUCUUUCGUCGACUGUAUGACAACUGA